AAUAGAUCCUGAUCUUAUAUUUUAAUCAUCACGUCUCUGCAAGCUAAACCCCAGAGAAAAACUUUGAGCUAGAUAGCAGAGAAAAACUUUGAGCUAGAUAAAAUAUGUCUCUGCUAACAGAUCUUAUCAACUUAGAUCUCUCAGACAAAACUGAGAAGAUCAUCGCUGAAUACAUAUGGAUCGGUGGAUCUGGUAUGGACCUUCGAAGCAAAGGAAGGACAUUACCUGGUCCGGUCAGUGAUCCUUCAAAGCUACCAAAAUGGAACUACGAUGGUUCCAGCACUGGACAAGCUCCAGGAGAAGAUAGUGAAGUCAUCCUAUAUCCUCAGGCUAUCUUCAAAGACCCAUUCAGGAGGGGAAACAACAUUCUUGUUAUGUGUGAUGCUUACACUCCACAAGGAGAACCGAUCCCAACUAACAAGAGAUGCGCUGCUGCAAAGAUCUUCAGCAAUCCUAUUGUUGAGAAAGAAGUUCCAUGGUACGGAAUUGAGCAAGAAUACACUCUGUUGCAGAAGGAUGUUAACUGGCCUCUUGGAUGGCCCUUGGGAGGCUUUCCUGGACCACAGGGACCUUACUACUGCGGUACUGGUGCGGACAAGGCAUUCGGACGUGACAUUGUUGAUGCCCAUUACAAAGCCUGUCUCUAUGCAGGAAUUAACAUCAGUGGAAUCAACGGAGAAGUUAUGCCCGGACAGUGGGAAUUCCAAGUUGGACCUGCUGUUGGUAUCUCUGCUGGUGAUGAGAUAUGGGUGGCUCGUUACAUUCUUGAGAGGAUCACUGAAAUCGCUGGAGUCGUUGUUUCCUUCGACCCCAAGCCUAUCAAGGGUGACUGGAACGGGGCUGGUGCUCACUGUAACUACAGUACUAAGUCCAUGAGAGAGGAUGGAGGGUACGAAGUUAUCUUAAAGGCAAUUGAAAAGCUUAGUCACAAACACAAGGAACACAUUGCUGCUUACGGAGAAGGAAACGAACGACGUCUCACAGGAAAGCAUGAAACAGCCGACAUCAACACUUUCAAAUGGGGAGUUGCGAACCGUGGUGCAUCCAUUAGAGUUGGGCGUGACACUGAACAGGCCGGUAAAGGUUAUUUCGAGGACCGUAGGCCUGCAUCCAACAUGGAUCCCUAUGUGGUCACCGCAAUGAUUGCCGAGACCACCAUCUUGUAGAACAAACACAUUACGAAGGCGAAGUCAUUCCCUUGAAGAUUAUUAUGUUCACAUUUUCUUUUGAAUUGUGAUAGCUAUUUUUAUUUGGGAAGGACCCCUCAUCUUCGAAUCAAGAGGUUCAGAACCCUAUUUACAGUUUCUAAUUUAGUAGUGUGGUUUUAAGUCUCCCUCUUUGAUUGAGGUAUAUUAUGACUAGGCUAUUACGUGAUAGGUUAAUACUUUUUACUGCCUUUAUAAUUUCACCUCUAUUGUUCAAUAACAGUUAAUAACUAAUAAUUUGAGGGAUUGUUAUUGUUAAUAACUGAAAUCAUAUAAUGUUUGAAGUACUUUAUCACUUUAUAC